UAUUACCUUCUUAUUUAACAUGUAUGUUGUUAAGUGUGUAUUUAUGCUACUAUUGAAAUGGGACAAUAUACAUAUUGCAGGAGGUAAGAGUGCCACAUCAUUCAUGGAGCGUUGCAUUGCAUUCAUUGGAGAUAAUGCAGCAGACUGUGUCAAGACCAAUGCAUUUCUAAACCUGCCUAAAGAGGCACUCAUCAAGCUCAUUUCCUCUGAUUUUCUUUGUUUAGAAGAGGAGGAAGUAUGGCGUUGUACAUUGGCUUGGGCGAAGCAACGCGCUGGAGUGACCCAGCCCACUGCGCACUGGACUGAGGAGGAACGCGCGCGCGUCUGCUUGCACUUGGCGCCGCUCAUGCAACACAUUAGACUGCUUCUAAUUGACAGCGCCGUGUUCGCCGAGGAGGUGGAGCCGACGGGCGCCGUGCCCAUGGAGCUGUCGCUGGAGCGCUACCGGCGCGCUGCGCUGCUGCGGGCGCCGCGCGCCGAGCCGCCGCACCGGCUGGACGACAAGCGCACCGUGCCCAGGUUGGCAGUGAACAUGUUCGCGGGUUCGCUGAUUCUGCAGCAGGACAAGAGCGCCUUCCAAGCGGUCAUCAACAACUGGUGCGGCACGCCGAAGGCGCAGUGGCGGCUGGUGCACCGCGCGUCGGCCGCGGGCUUCGCGGCGGCCGCCUUCCACGCCAACUGCGACGGCGUGGCGCCCGUGCUGCUGCUGGUGCUCACGCAGCGCGGCGAGGUGGUGGGCGGCUUCUCCGAGGCGGCGUGGGUGGCGGGCGGCGCCGGCGGCUACCUGCCGGCCGAGCGCGCCUUCCUGUUCGCGCUGCCCGAGCCGCCGCUCAAGCCCGCCAAGUACGCGCUGCUCAAGAAGCCCGUGGCGCUGUGCUACCACCCCGACUGCGGGCCCAUCUUCGGCGCCGGCGCCGACCUGCUGCUGGCGUCCAACUGCAACGCGAACAGCGACAGCUACAGCAACCUGCACUCGUACGGCGAGAGCGGCGCGCCCGCCAGCCUGGUGCACGACUACAACUUCACCGUCAGGGACUACGAGGUCUUCACCUAUAAACACGGCUAGGCCUCGGUCCGGGUCGGCGCCGUCCGUCGGCUGCUGCGGAGCGUCUUCGAUGCCGCCGCCGAGCUUUCCUGCCAGAUGAAAUCCUAGUUGGUUAUCGCUUCGUGGCCGACUUCACUGUCAUUACUUUCGUUCUCUUUAAAAAAUAAUAAUUUCAUUGAAAUAUCAUCGUUGACUCUGCAAAAUACGUGUUGAAAAUCUUCGAAUUGUGUAAUAACAUAAUAAUUCAUUAUAAAAAAGUGCCUAUGAAUGUGCCUCCUAACGUCUUGCCAUUGUUUAAGAAAUUUGAUGUGUCCACCGAUCAAUAUUAUAAUACAAUUUAAUAAUUAAUGAUUACUUUUUAUAAAUAAAGAAUAAAACACAGAAGUUUAUUUAGAGCCACUUAUAUCGAAGCUAAAAUUAGCCAGUCCACGCUGUGGGGCCCGAAAAGGUACAUUUGUCGCACCGUCAGUACUACGUCGUCCUCGCAGGUCACAUUAGAACGGCAAUAUUAAAAAUACAAAGGUAACGCCACAAUUGCCACUUACUGCGCCUUGCCAUUUCUCAGCCUCGAAAAGUAGAC